AUGAGGUGGUUACUUUCUUUCACCAUCGCCUUUAUUUGGUCGGUGGCGGUGCAGGCCAAGAGUCUUACUGGCAGCCGAUUGCUGGUUGUGCUGGAAGAGCAGACGGAGCGGGAGAAGUACAGUGUGUUCUUGGAGGACUUGACGUCCCGAGGAUUUAGCACGACUGUCGAAUCGCCCAAGGAGAGCAAGCUCGGGUUAUUCAAGCACGGCGAACGAGCAUACGACCAUGUUCUCCUUCUCCCGGGCAAGUCGAAAGGCCUUGGCCCUGCCCUCACAGCGAACAACCUCCUUGACUUCAUGAAGAAGGAUGGAAAUAUCCUUGUUGCCCUCUCGAGCGAAUACCCGAUAGCCACGGCCGUUCAGGCGACGCUACUCGAAGUCGAGAUCAAUGUGCCCACGGACAAGGGCGCAUUGGUCGUUGAUCACUUCAACUACGAUUCGCUGUCGGCGGAGGAGGCGCAUGAUGUACUCCUCCUCCCCUUCCCCAAGGCUCUGAGGCCCGAUGUCAAGAACUACUUCGCUGGUGAUGGAUACAUUGCGGUCCCGCGCGCUGUCGGCCAGGUUCUUGGAAACGAGUCGCCUCUCAUCUCGCCCAUCCUUCGCGCACCCAGCACCGCCUACAGCUACAACCCCAAGGAUGAAGCCGAAGGUUCCGAAGACCCCUUUGGUGUUGGUGAGCAGCUGAACGUGGUCUCUGCUCUGCAGGCACACAACACGGCGCGCAUGGUCGUUGUUGGUUCUGCUGAGAUGCUCCAGAACAAAUGGUUCGCCGAGAAGGCGAAGCUGGGUGACAAGACCGUCACUACCGCAAACCGUGAAUUCGCUCAGAAGCUCUCGGCCUGGGCUUUCAAGGAGGUUGGUGUGCUCAAGGUUGGCAAGCUUAUCCAUUACCAGGAUGAGGGUGAGAGCAAGAAGCUGAACACCAGUGCUGCCGUCCCAGAGAACAACCCCACCAUCUACCGUGUCAAGAGCGAUGUUCACUUCCAAGUCGAAAUCUCCGAAUAUGAAAACGACCACUUCAUUCCUUUCGAGCCUCCUGCCAAGGACAAUGUCCAGCUUGAGUUCAGCAUGCUGUCACCUUUCCACCGUCUCAACCUCUCACCCAUGGCCAAGACGGACGACGCUACCAUCUUUGGUACCUCGUUCAAGACACCCGACCAGCAUGGUAUCUUCAACUUCCGCGUCAACUACCGCCGCCCAUUCCUCACCAACAUCGACGAGAAGAGGCAGGUCACUGUCAGGCACUUUGCGCACGACGAGUACCCUAGGAGUUUUGAGAUUAGCGGUGCGUGGGUGUGGAUUGGCGGUAUCUGGGUCACUGUUCUCGGGUGGCUCGCGUUUGUAGCUGUUUGGUUGUACAGUGCGCCCACUGAAAAGAGCACCAAGAAGACGCAGUAG